GGUCCCAGUUGGGUUGACAACUCCUGAGCACGAGCCGAGGGAGCGCGUUGUUGGCAGCGAGCAAGCUAGCGAGCAGCCGUCUCUUAGCCGCUCCGCCAUUAAGCGGAUGGGUGCAUGCAUACAGGAGGACGUGGAGAUGGUCGACAAAGGUGCGACAGCCGAGACGGAGUCGAUUGCGAUGCUGACACCUUCGCUACACCUGCCGUGCGUGCGCGCACGUCGCCUCGGAGGAAUGGCGACAAAUCGACUGGCCAGGGUAGCAGAGCCAAACUGGUCUUGAGAACAAAAGAAAAUCCACAGCGCCUAAGGGACAAUGGGCAAAUACCACUGAGCAUUGUCUCGGCUGCUCCGCCGCUGUUCUCCUGCGGGUGGGUGGCGCGCUACCCAACGCCGCUCCCAGUACUUGAGCUGUAUCGGCGGAUGCAUGUAAUCGCUGGGCGUCCUGCAUGCCUUCCGCUCUUAUGUGUGGCUCUCACGUCAACAAAGACGCUCGGUGGGAGCCCAUGGGCUCUUUGCUACUUCUCGUACGAGGCCCCGCUGUUCCUCCGGACAGGUAGGGCUGGGGCUGGGGAGCCGUGGAGAAGCAAACAGCUUAGUUGAAGGAACCCACAAUGCAGGCAACCCUUGGUCGAAGAAUGGCUAGGGGCUCUCCGAUGGCGCCGCCCGUCCCCGACUCGACGCCGAGAGCCUUUGUUGUGCCUCUUCCAGGCAGGAUUUCCGCACAAUCUCGCGCUCCCACGAUCUCAUCACCGCACACCAUCUCACACUAUUAAGGCCCCACUGCGAACUCCCACCUCUCACAGUUGCUCAACAUCUUGACAAAGACGUGUUGGCAUCGAUGGAGGCCACCGGACGUC